GGACCUGUUGAAAAGUUUGUAGACUUCGUUGAGAGCUGGUUUGACCAGCGGAAGGGACGCAAGAAGCCAAAGCCAAAGGCCAAAGCAGAGCCCAAGAAGCCCCUGAAAGAGAACGGCGAAGAAGGCGGAGAUGUGGAACCGAAGGAUACUGGUGAAGGAUCGAAAAAAGCAGGCAUACUAGAUGUUGACGGUGAUGGCGAUGUUGACCUCGAGGAUUUCAUGGCUAUGGGUGAGGCCGAUGUAGAGGGAGAGGCAGUGGAUGACUUUGAGCACAUGAAAACUUAUGGUCUGAGAUUCAUCCCUGCGCAGAUCAUCAUUUGUGUUCUGCUUUGGCUUAUCGGGGCCAUCUACAUGGCUGUCACAGCGAACGAGAACAUCUUCCUCGCAAAGGGUGGUCUAGAUACCUUUGCAAAUGGGUGGACAUCAGUGCGAACCCAUAAGGACUGUGAGGACUGUGCAGCGGGAGGGAAAGCUAGUGGGAUCCAGCUGCGACGUUUCAUCAGGGCAGUCGCAGAGGUUUUGGAAUUUGAAAUGAACACCUCUGAAGCUCUGAAGUUGGUACUGGGCCCAGUAGGGCUCAAUGCCUGGCUAAUGGCUGAUGAUCUUCGUUGGCAAGCUAUUUGGAGGUUGAUCACGUACCAGUUUACUCAUGGUCACUUCACUCAUAUCGCCAUGAACACCUUAGUCGCCCUGUUCACCGGCAUUCCCCUGGAAGGAUUCCAUGGCCCAAAGCGCACAUUCAUCGUGUUCGAAACGAGCGUGAUUUGUGGUGGGCUGUGGCAUAUGGCAUGGAGGCCCCAUGACUCAGCUCUUGUUGGCAUGUCGGCAGGAUGCUAUGCCCUUAUGGCAAUGCACAUGGCCGAUUUGAUCAUGAAUUGGGGGCAGAACAGGUACCGCUUCCCUCGACUCUUUCUUCUACUCCUUCUGAUUGGGCUUGAUGUAGGUGCUGGAGCAAUGGCGAAGCCCGACGAUGUGACUGGACAUGCUGCACAUUUUGGUGGCUAUCUUGCAGGACUUAUCUUCGGACUGUGCUUUGUACGCAAUGUCAAGGUUACCAAAUGUGAGAAAUAUCUACAGGCCGUGGGAGUCUUCAUCGGCUGUGGAUGCCUGAUCUUCUGCCUCGUCUGGAUCGCUCUUUGGGCUCCAAGAUCACUGUGGGAUGGUGGUGUGCCCUGGUGCUGGGCACGGCAGGUGCGGGAAAGUCUGCGCACCGAGUUAUCGAAUCGGUGUCGACAGUCGUUGUGCUUUUGA